CUGGACGUUCUACCGUAACCCGAGCAGUAUCGACCCACGUAGUGUUUAGGACAGUCUAAAAACGGUUUUAGGCAGAAAUGUGUACAAACUUGUUAGAAAAGUUACAUUGUAAUUGUUACAAUAUGCCCUAAUAUGUACCCAGUUAGUAUAUUAGAAAGAAUUAGCCCGCAUGAUAGGCUAUGAGUGCAGGUCUCCAGUUUCAGGCCUUGACGUCCGCCCUCCGGGGAGGAAACGGAACGGAUCUGUAGAUGCAGUUCUGCUCUGCUGGCCGGUUCCAGAACAGACCAGGGCGAGCUAAUCACGGGAUGACGCUGUGCCGGCUUUCUCUGUCAAAUAUCCAUACAGAAAAACCACAUUCGAAUCUCACGUGUGCAAACCGGGAGGGUGACAGGGGGUGCCACACAACCGGUUAUCAAAACUGGAGUGCGCCACAGAUAAAUCCGGCACGGGGACUUUUGUCCUGGGAUAAAUUUGAGAGGAAUACCCAAAGAGCCAGGGAUUAGCAGUACAUUAAAGGGUGGAUUGCAUAGGGGAGCCAUGUCAAUCUUGCCCUCGUUCGGCUUUACGCAAGAGCAAGUCGCGUGCGUCUGCGAGGUGCUGCAGCAGGGUGGGAACCUGGAGAGGCUCGGACGGUUCCUUUGGUCCCUGCCAGCCUGCGACCACCUCCACAAGAACGAAUCCGUGCUCAAAGCGAAGGCUGUGGUUGCCUUCCACCGGGGAAACUUCCGUGAGCUCUACAAGAUCUUGGAGAGCUACCAGUUCUCCACGCACAACCACCCGAAGAUGCAGCAGCUGUGGCUGAAGGCGCACUAUGUUGAGGCGGAAAAGUUGCGGGGGCGCCCGCUAGGCGCUGUGGGCAAAUAUCGUGUGCGCAGGAAAUUCCCUUUGCCCCGUACUAUCUGGGACGGCGAGGAGACCAGUUAUUGCUUUAAGGAAAAGUCUCGGAGCGUGCUGCGUGAAUGGUACACGCACAACCCUUAUCCAUCUCCACGGGAGAAGCGAGAGCUGGCAGAGGCAACAGGACUGACCACUACACAGGUCAGCAACUGGUUUAAAAACAGGAGACAGAGAGACCGGGCAGCCGAGGCAAAAGAGAGAGAAAACGGCGAGAACAACGGCGUCGGCGGAAAGCAGAGCCAGCGGUCUCCGCUCGACGGAGUGAAGUCGCUGAUGUCGAGCUCGGAGGAUGAGUUUUCUCCGCCGCAGAGCCCCGAGCACAGCUCCGUGCUUCUUCUGCAAGGCACCAUGAACAAUCCCGCGGCUCCCGCAUACCCAAUGCCCGGCCUGGGUGCGCCGCACCCGCUACACGGCAUGCAAGGGCAUCCGCAUCAGAUCCAGGAUUCACUGUUAGGAUCUCUAACAUCCAGCCUUGUGGAUUUAGGAUCGUAGGACGCCUUAAGCACGGUUAGACGAGAAGACUUAAUACCCAUUACAGCAUAUACUUCUGACGCAGAGGACGUUUACAUCAAGAAAAAAGAAAAACGAUUGUUGCAAAUCAUUAGAAAAGCGAGGAAAAUCAAAAGAGCUUGUGGAUUUUGGGAACUUUGGGUUUUCUGGACAAGUGCGUAAAUUUUGUUAAACCAUUAAGGCCACUAUUUAAGAAAAUUCACAGCAUUGAAGUAUGCAUUUAAAACAUUUUAAUAAUUUAUAAUGUUUUACACAAAUAUUAAUUUAUAUAAACUGUUCUGUACUGAACGAGGAGUAGAGAUUUUAAUGAGAAAAUCAUUCAAACGUCAACUAAACACCAAAGUGGAAUCUAAGGUUCUUUGUUUUUAUUCAGUUUACAUAUAUAAUAUGUUUACAUUACGAUUGUAGUUUUAAAAAAUAUCAGAUGAAAAGAAAAGGAAAAACAUCAAUUAAAAGUAUCUGUUGCAUCAUCCGCGUUCUGAGCAUUUAUCUUUAGCAUGGAAGCUUAAUCAAAAUAAUAUUUUUUUUAAAAUCUACAAUAAAUAAACACAAAACCUCAAAGAUAAUAAAAUAUCUCAAUCCACGUGACAUGUCCGAACCGGAAAGGGGCAUGAGCGCGUGAAAAAUGAGAACGCCUAAAACGUCAACAAGAAAAAUUGGCCCUUAUGCCAAGAGGCGCCAGGCUGAGCGCAGGGCCGAGCUUGGCUUUUGGACCGUUAAAAUAGUAUGAAAAAGCACCAACCGAGUCACUUUAAGCACUUUAAGUUUGAUAAAGAUUUAGGCUUUUAGUUCAUCACACUGAGCGCCCGAGUUAAAGAGGGAGAAAAGGGGAGUUUUAUACUGUUUGUUCUGUCAGUUCUGGGCCCCUGAAAACUGACACGACUUGCUCUAAAUCCUCUUAGUCCACCCAAAUCACAACAAAACACUAUCAAAACAAAUGUAAACUUUGUUUCUUUAACUAAUCAACAAAUGAAAAACUUCCACCGUAAAUAAUAAAAUUCUACUUUGUCGAACGUUUGUUUUAACACAAAAUAUGAAUUGUGACAGCACAUUUUCGUCAAAAAUAAAGUUUCUAGAACGUUCA